ACACAACCCAAUCUUUGCUGCAAAUAUACCACAUUCUUCAUUGUCGCUUCCAAUGGCUGCCUCGGUCCUUCGUAUGCGCUCGCUGGGAGCUGCGCGCCAGGUGCGCUGCUUCAGCUCUUCUCCCCGACAGUACGCUGCUGCUGAGGUCAAGCGCCUUGGUGUUAUCGGCGCGGGCCAGAUGGGAUUGGGAAUUGCUCUUGUUGCUGCUCAGAAGGCCCAGGUUCCUGUGACCCUGAUUGAUACCUCCGACAAGGCUUUGGACAAGGGCAUUGCUUUCGCUGAGAAGCUUCUGGCCAAGGAUGUCUCCAAGUCGAGAAUUACACAAGAGCAGGCCGACAAAGCGCGGUCCCUUCUGAGCACUAGCACCAAGAUGGAGGACCUCUCCUCUGCCGACAUGGUCAUUGAGGCCGUCCCCGAGAUCCCCAAGCUCAAGUUCGACAUCUUCGGCAAGCUCGCUCAGAUCUGCCCCAAGCAUGCCAUCCUCGCCACAAAUACCUCGUCCAUCUCAAUCACUCGUAUCGCCGCCGCCACGACAACUGAUCCCACCGACACCUCGGCUUCGUCCCGCGUCGUUUCCACCCACUUCAUGAAUCCCGUCCCCGUGCAAAAGGGUGUCGAGAUCAUCAGCGGUCUCCAGACCAGCAAGGACACCCUCGACACUGCCGUCGAGUUCUGCAAGAAGAUGGGCAAGAUCACAUCCGUGUCGGCCGAUUCGCCCGGCUUCCUUGCCAACCGCAUCCUCAUGCCUUAUAUCAACGAGGCCAUCAUCUGCCUCGAGACCGGUGUCGGAGACCGCGACUCCAUUGAUGCCAUUAUGAAGAACGGCACCAACGUGCCCAUGGGUCCUCUGCAGCUUGCCGACUUUAUCGGUCUGGACACAUGUCUCUCCAUCAUGAAGGUCUUGUACGAGGAGACGGCCGAUUCCAAGUAUAGGCCGAGUGUGUUGCUGAAGAACAUGGUCAACGCUGGAUGGUAUGGCAAGAAGAGUGGCAAGGGUUUCUACGACUAUUGA